AUGGCUCCGGAGCUUACGCAAACCAUGCCCGCCAAAUCCACCGUGAUGAUAACCAAACCGUCACCGCAAAUCCACGGUGGUGAUCGAGCUUACGUGACAUUUCUUGCCGGAAACGGUGAUUACGUGAAAGGAGUCGUUGGUUUAGCCAAAGGAUUAAGAAAAGUCAACUCGGCGUAUCCACUCGUUGUGGCGAUAUUACCCGACGUUCCCGAGGAGCACCGUCGUAUACUUGUGGAACAAGGUUGCAUUGUCCGCGAAAUUGAACCCGUUUACCCACCCGAGAACCAAACCCAGUUUGCUAUGGCUUAUUACGUGAUCAACUACUCCAAACUCCGUAUCUGGAAGGAUUUUCUGAACAUGUAUUUCAAGAAAAUCUACAAGCCAAUUCCUUUGGUUUACAAUCUUGUCCUAGCGAUGCUAUGGCGUCACCCAGAAAAUGUGGAGCUCGAUAAAGUCAAGGUGGUUCACUACUGUGCAGCGGGUUCGAAGCCGUGGAGAUACACAGGGAAGGAAGCGAAUAUGGAGAGAGAAGACAUCAAGAUGUUGGUGAACAAAUGGUGGGAGAUUUACAACGAUGAUUCCUUGGAUUAUAAGAAAUCUGUAGCAGUAGCAGACCUCGAGAGAGAGUCCGGUCUGGUGAAUCUGAAGCCAUUCAUCACCGCUCUUACUGAAGUUGAACGGGUCAAAUACGUGACUGCACCGUCCGCUGCUUGA